GGUGGGUUCUAUUCAUAAUUUCAUCGCCACGUGAGCAAAUAGAGUUAUGCUAAAACCUCGCUACCAAAAAGCUAUGAGAAUAAACACGUGUUAUUUGGUGUAAGCAGUUUUUCGCCGAAUAGUGUAGAUUUUAUUUUGUCAUCGUUUAUUUUGUUUUUAACUCAGUGAUAUUGUGAGUGGAUUCGAAUGGCCGAAAAUUGAAUUAAAAGCUGUGAGUUAGUGCGUAAUCAUAUAAUUUAUACUCGGUGGACAAGUAGAGCGAAGAAACUUUGCAGCCUUACACGUACGCAAAGUCCCGUGUGCGUAGGAUAGCGCAGAAAACCCAGUGGAAACAUACGAGUUUGGUCAGACACGCAAGUGUAUAUAGGGAAUAGCAUGUAUAUAGCCAGGACAUGGGUAACAAAGUUUCUUCCCCUCUUCAUUGGCACUUGAUGAGACUCGAGGGAGUUGCAACUACCGUUGCUUGAUCGUCUUCCGAUCGAAGUUGUACCUGUAGGAUGCUGUGGCAAGGCUGAUAUGAAAUUCUGUACUGAAAGAACGUCUCUGCAUGGGGAAAUAAUGUCACUGCUGCUGAGACGGUCAAUAUUGCCGUUGUUCUUACUACUGCUGCGACUUGAUUCUAACGAGAAAUCGGCCACGAGCGUACUGGGCAGUGCCGAGAUGGCCGGGAUCAAUGCGAACACACUGGAUCGGACGCUCAAGCCACUCGACGUCGAUCUGCCACCCACUCUACCCAUGAACUUCGGCACUGAUAAUUCUACGGUGGUGCACGCGCAAUUGGGAUCGAUAGCCCAUUUGCCCUGUGUCAUUCAUAAUAUCGGCGACGGUGUGGUGACGUGGAUCCGCCGGAAGAAAGAUCAGCGCGAGCUGCUGACCGUCGGCCUGCAGACGUACGCGAGCGACGAGCGCUUCCAGGCUCGUCACUUUCACCACAGCGAGGACUGGACGUUGGAAAUCAAGUACGUGCAGCUGCGAGACGCCGGACUGUACGAGUGCCAAGUUUCCACUCACCCACCCACGAGUAUCUUUCUCAGGCUCGAGGUCGUCGAGGCGAAAGCGGAGAUUAGCGGACCGAGCGAGAAGUUCGUGCGGCCGGGCAGCACCCUGCAGCUGCACUGCCUCGUGAAAAAGUCGACGGAGCAGCCGUCGUUCCUGUUCUGGUAUCACAACAAGCGCAUGAUCAACUACGACGUGGACCAGGGGGUGAACGUGAGCACCGACCUGGUGGCCCGGGAGUCGUGGCUCGAGGUGCCGCGCGCCGCCGGCCGCCACUCCGGCAAUUACACCUGCGAGGCGAGCAACGCCACGCCCGGACGCGUCAUGGUGCACAUCUUCAACGGUGACAAUCCCGCGGCCAUGCAGCACAGCCUCGCCAGCUCGCCCUCGGUCAUCGCCUGCUCGGCCCUCCUCACCCUCGGCACGGCCCUCAAGCUCGCCCUGCAGCACAUCUACGACUACGCGGGCAGCUAAGGAUGUUGUCGGCGAACUUCCACCUGGGUUCAACUCUGGCUGUCCGACUGAAACUUCGUACUUAUACUCCGACGUGCGCAUCCCGUGUAACAAUUGUAAAUAUUGCGCCGGCUGUUUUACCGACCGUCGGUAUAUGAUCUUGUACCAUACAUCGCAUCUGAGAGAGGAGUGAAUUAUGACAUUUUUCGAUGCAUACUUUACGCAGUCUUCCGAUAGUUUUAACGAUUUAACAUGCCGAGCAUAUUGAUCUCUUCCCCAAUCGAUUUGGUAGUCCUUUCACAGGAAUUUUUUAUUGCCCCUUUGCGUGAGUGCAGGCCAACGCCGAAGCAAAAAUAAACUGCAAGUAUUUUCCAACGCAUUGUAUUGCGAUCGUUACCGAACCUUUUCAGAUACCUCCGUUUUAUCGUUGCCUAUACAACAGUAUCGUUAUUGUUUAGUAAAAUACUGGAUGAAAAUCUCGGAAAACUUGUUGCAAAAGAUCUCAUUUUUACCUCAUCUUCGAAUUUCGAUAUCCCUAUUAGUAAACGAAUCCACCGUGAAAAUAAACUCUUAUACAGUUUUUAGUCGAUAAAAUUAACUAAGUUAGUACGUGGUGAAAAUUUUGUUCUAUAUAGAACACAAUAAAACGUAGUUUGCCGUAUUUAUGAAAACGAUGUUAUGAUUCCGUGCAUGUAGGAUUUUUAGCAUAACGCAUUUUAGAUAUCAACAAAGCACACCUCAACGAAAGAUGAUGAAAAUAUAGAGAGAGGUAUAUCUUUUGUUCAUUAUCGCAUUGAUUUUUGCGGGCAUGUGUUGCAAGCGAGCAACUAUAUAAAAGCGGCAGGCAUCUCCGAUAUUAUUGGAAAAUUCUUAAAAGAUAAAAUUCGUAUUUAAUCAAGUUUGAUGGACCGACGCACCGCAAGUUCAUUCCGCAAGUUAAAAUCCCGCACGUUCGAAUCAGCUUUAAAUUCUGCCAGUUCUUAAAAAUCGAUUCACGAUAUCUCUUCUCGUUUUCAAAAUCUCUUUAUCGUUGAUCAGGGAGCGAAUUAUCAAGCAAAAACUUUCGUCCUCUGCAAAUACGUAUUUUGACUAUUUCUGAUUUUUUCGAUCUCUCUUAACUUUAUUCCUUAUCUCUUUAGCGAGGCUCAGAGCUCGAGAGCGUGACUUUUUCAAAUAUAGACGAGUUAUUGAUUCUCAGGGCUAGUUGCUUGGGGUUGGUUAUAAAGUCCUUCAGUACCGCCUGUUCUCUCUUUCUCUUCCUCUUCCUCUCAUGGUCACUACACUUUGUGGUCGCCCCCCAAAUAACUGGCCUUCUUGAACUUUUGAGGCUCUUCUAUUUGAGAAAGAGAGCGAGAGGCUUUUCCACCGGCUUUGUGUCUCUUUCUUCCUUUCUCAAUAGAUACUCGUUGUCUGGAAUUUUCCAGUCAAGUGGAAAAUUUUUCACGAGUAGCCACAUAUAUAUAAUAGAUGUUCCCGACCCUUAAAACGAGUAUAUUUUGUGAGUGCGAGUGUGCUAUAUACAUAUAUUCUGCUAGAUGGUAAUAAUAACUCGGUUCCCAAUAGUGUACGCUUAGCAUUAUCAAUUGAAUAAGAAAGACAAAGGGAAUAAAAUUAUCCGCGUGUUAAGUUGAAAAGAGAAAAAGAGGUUGGUUAAGCAUAGAGCUCAGCUCAGCGGGCUAUAUCCUAAUGUCAAAGUCUAGAAAGCUCUUUGCCUUUCUCUCUCUCACUUUUCCGUCUUCUUGACCAUUCCCUUUUGCACGUUCGCGUGUAAUUAACGCUAUACAGGGCGCACGUGGAAGUCACACAUACUAUACGUGCAGCAGCAGCGGCGGCCGCGACGAGCACACGUGAAAUGGCCAAGUUUGUUUGUACGCUGGCCAACGACUCGACGGAACGACGACCGAGGAAUUAAUCACGAUCAAAGUGAAAUAAAGUAUCGCUUCGAAAGGCUUCCGACGUCGAGUUUGAUUUAAUUUCUAGCUGCGUGACGGAAUCGCCCUUUUCAUCUUUUGCGCGCUGGCGAAUUAAAUGAGAAAAAAGCCGCAGAAAUUGCACGCACUUAUCACGCGGUGGCGGCGGCAGCGAGAGGCACAGGGCCUCGCAUUUUCAUAAUUCAAAAAGUCUCGAGGACCAAAAGCUCCCUCUUGUCUCGUGUACGCGUAAUGUAUGCGCGCCGUGUAUAUAACGUAGCCCCGUGGAGUUUUCUUGCGCUGCACACACGCCGCGCGCCCUUUUUACGCGUCUGCACGUUAUCACACUCUCGCACCGACUUGCCUCUAUGUAUACACGCGCAGGCUUUUUGUUUAGCGAACUGUGCAAACCUUUAUAAAGCUUCUUGUCGCUCACGCUUCGUCGAAAUUGACAGGCAAGCGCAUAUGCACGCACGGCUCAGGUAGAGAAUUUCACGCGGCGGCUGACUCCCGAGUGCUGCUGUGGUUUUCCACGCGCGCACACAUAUACAGCCUGGCAUAAUUAUUGUUCAUUUGCAGCAACGACCUUACAACGACUCGUACAAAUAGCCAUUUUGCGAUCGUAAACUCUUCUCGACUAGCUGCCGUAGUUUUUUUCGAGCUUUCGAACCAUGUAACGGAGAGAUUAUUGCGUGUAAUAAUUGUCACCGUUGAAAAAUUGCUCUACUCGCACGAAUGUCAUCGUUGCAACUCGUGCACUUACAAAUCAGCGUCGGGUUUAAUCUCUAUUGAUUCCUACAUCGGGAACAAAGUUGCCGAAGAUACGAUGAUCGAAAAGUCAUUCAACUUUUUUGUCAUUGAUUACGUGUAUGUGUGCUGAAAGAAACAAAGCGAAGGCCUCUCGAACAACGAAGUAUAGAAAAAAGUACUCUUGGGACUCUGGUAAAAAAAAAGAGUGUAAACAAAGAAACGCUGAGUGACGACAAAAACGAAAAGAAGCUAGAAAAAACGUCGGCAACAGCAACAAAAUGCGACAAAGAGAUACAUUGGACUUGAUGAUUGACUCCCGGAAAAUUUGUGCCUGCAAACGUUGCAGAUCGGGCUCUUUUUUGUUGCUCGCUCCAUUAUAUACGCAAGAGACAAACGAUCCCAUGAGACUGCACUUCCUUUAGGCCCCGAGUAUACCUCUUUAUUUCCACCACCCUCCUCUUUUUUUAAGUAAUUUGAUACACACGUACGCGGCAAAAAAGCGGUUGGACGCAAAGUUCACUUUUUUCCCGGCCCUCUCUCCUCUAAAAUGGCCCAUGAAAAAGAGGGUGCUUUGAUGCAUUUUUGGCGUCGCAACUAAAUAAACUCGUAAUAGCGCGCGCGCAGAUAGCAGCCAAAAGAUAGCCUGCAUGUGCGCGCGUUGUGAUAAUUUUUCAUGCUCCCGGCCACGCUCGAGUCCUCUAAUGUAUAAAACAUCAAUUAAUUUUCGUACGAAUGUGGGACUGUUAUGAAUAAAUCACCAGCAGAAUGCGAGAAUAUUAAAAAAAAUACAUCCGUUGGUAGGAUGACGAGUUUCGACCGAUAUCACACGUGUAAAAAGCGAUUAUAGAUCUAGACUGAUAAAACGAAGUGCACCGGUGUAAUUAUAUUUUCAUAUCUAAGCUCGAUAAUUUUUUAAAUGUGCAUGAAUUUGUUGUAUUAUUAUAUUUAUGAACCUGUUUACAUUGUACAAUCACCGAAAUCUUUGUGAAUUACAUUAAGCUAUCAUUUUAAUUGAGAAUAAAAUGGAGCUAUCGAAUGAAUUAUCGAAUCAAUUGCUUUCUCAUCCAUUCCACGUCGUCUAUGGAAUCAAAGCGAAUAACAAAAAAAUAUUAAAAAAAUUAAUGUGUAGUAAACUGGAGCAUAAACUGUAUAUAAAAGUACGCCAGCUUUUUCAAAUACAUACAUAAUGUACGUACGUGGAUACAUGUGCAGACGUUUUUCAUAAUUUCCGAGUAAAUUAAUUUUUUAAAAGCCACCAACCAAAAUACGUACUAAAGAUUAUACUCAAAGUAUAUUUAUAAAUAUAUUCUUUAGAUAGGUAGAUGAAAAAAAAAUUUUCACAGCUUCAUGUAAUUUUUUUGUAAAUAUAUCUAUCGAUCGCGCUUGUUGUGUAUUAUUCAUGAAAAAGAAAGGAGCAGCAAAGUUUAAUUAAAUUGACUAACGUAUUAUAAAAAAAGUAAAAAAAUAACACGAGUUUUAACAAGCACUGCAUUUUUUGUAAAAUUACCACGACGUAAACAUAUAUGAACGUAUAUAUGUAUGUAAGUAUGUAUGCAAGGGGAGGUACAUGUUUAAUAAUACGUGGAUAAUUAAAUAUUAAAGCUAUUUGUUAUGUACUAAACAUAUAGGCAUAACGAGAACGAAAUACGAAGGUAAUUUUAAGUACGAAAUAUCACGAGAUUAAAUUAUUAUUCAUAAAAGUUACAUUAUAGGGAGGAAAAAAAUUGCGAGAUACGUGUGCGUAUAUAUGCGUAUAAGUGUGUGCAUGCGCAUGAGCGAUUGCAAGUAAUCGAUAGAUGAAUAAACUUAAAAGUUUGAGCAUUAAAUAAUAGCGGAGAGACAAAUGGAUGUGUCGAUAAGUGUGAAAUACUAAAUGCCGAUUGUUUGCUUUUGUACACGAUUAAUUUAAUGAACAAUGUAUAAAACGUGUUUGUACAGACAGUUUGUUUGAGUAAAUAUUUAUCGUUAAAUUUUCCUACUUUCCGACGUGCUAUUGGUUACGUGCUAUACAGUUAAAAUUAUUAAAUAAGGAAGGUAAUGGUUGGGUGGAGAAAUUGUCCUUUCAUGGAAGUCGUUAUAUCGAAUCGUUGAUAUAGAUUUUUUAUUAACUGUACAAUAAAUGAAAAUUUUGUUACAUUAUGAAUAACUGUUUGGGUAUUAUAUGGUAAGCGAGAGAGCGAUGCGACUUGAAAAUAAAUAUAAAAAUUCUCGAUAGUA